CGGACAAACAUGGCACCGACAUCCGGCGAUGCGCCGCAAACUCUCGGCGUUGGUUGGCGCACCGACGAGGAGAGCAUCGUCGCCGCCGAGAGAUUGGACAGCGCAUCCCGGUCCUCGUCCCCCGACACCGUGAUAUUCGACCCCGAGUUCGCGGCAGGAACCUUACUACGACGCCAAUCAGGACACCGAGCAUCCGGCCUCUUCUCCCCCCAACCACCAACCCUGGGCUCCCAGCCCGACAACAUCCCAUAUAAAUUUCCCACCCGUGCCACCCCCCACAAGCUCCCCCAACCUGGACCUGAGGUCGCAAGACGCUACACCCUCGGCCAAUCGCUGCCGGACCAGCCGCUCGAGUUCCCCGUAAUCGACACGUACCGCGAGCGUGAGCCUCACCGCACCCCGGACCGUCAGCCUCCCCCAACGCCAAGAUUCGCCCCCGCACCCUUCGAGAAACCUACACCUCCACCUCAAUCACCGCAACGCAGAACUCCCAAACUCCAACUCCUCCGGGGCUCACCCGAGCGCUCCCCCAGCAGAACGCAGAACCCCUCGUCCCCUCGCUUCAGAAUCCGAGGAAACUAUCGUCCUGCUCUAAACAAUAUGAGCUACCAGAACUACCUCGACACACCACAGACCGGAUCAGCACCUGGACCCCGCCAGGCCCCCUCUCCAUCUCAAGGAAUGCCUCACGCAAAUGGCGCCAAUGGCGCCCCUGCCAUGCCGGGAAUGAUGGGCGGACUUCCCACACCGGCUGGUCACCAGUCCGAUCUCAAUGCCAUCUACAACAUGGUUGAGACGCUGCACAACGAGCUGGCUGAGACGCGCGCACGCAGCGAGCGUAUCGUAGCCGCUGCUGGGAUUAUUCGCGCACGCGCACUCGAGCAGGACCUUACUGCUGAGCAGAUCGCUGCCGGCGUCGCAGCUGAGCUUAAUGAAGGCACCAAAAACCUCGAAGGAGAGAACUCCCGCCUUCGCCACGCCCUGUCUCACGCCACCCACGAAGAAGCCGCCUACAAAGCCCUCUGCGAAGAAUUCGCCGUCACAAUGGGCAACGCCCUCGAGCUCUGCCACGCCUACAAACUCAAGACCACGCUGGACAUGUGCGCGUGGCACCGCUCCUACCGCGACCAGCUCGCCGCCGAGCGCGCCGAGAACGUCGAACUCCGUUGUCGCAUCAGCGAUAUGCAGGCCUCUGCCGCGAGGGGGAUGGAGCAGAUGCGCCUCUUCCGCCGCGGUUGGGAUAGGAGUGAUCUUGUGAUGGAGAUGCGUGCUGAGAUUGUGAGUUUGAGACAGCAGGCGAGGGGGUGGAAGAGAGUCGCGCUGUCGGAGCUGGCGAGUGAUGAUAGUGAGUUUAGUGAUGAUGAUGAUGUGGUUGAUCCGGAGGAGAAGAAGAGGUUGAGGAGGGUGGAGGAGAACAGGGUUAGGGAGGAGGGGGAGGGGGAGGGGGAUGAGGAGGCGCUGGCGCUGGCGAAGGCGUUGGAGGGGACGAGGCUUGCGGAGACGGGGGGGGAGAUUACGAUCUAAUUUCCUCAACUUCUUGCGAGCUGUUUGCUGGGUCAAGGUCUAUUGGGUGCAUAGCAUGAAGGGUGUCUGGGUUAGCGUGGAGUCGGGGUGUUAUAUUUGUUUGAGUAGUUCUGGGGCGGGCGCCGAGCAUGGUUGCUGCGUUCGUGAUGUGGUACGGCAGUGUGGUGGCACUGGUCGAUGCGUUUAUCUUGCUUUGCAUUUGUAUUAUAGGAAUCAUACUACAGAAGAGGUCUGCCCACUAUGGCACAAGACCUUGCAAAGAAUGGGAA